AAAUGUGGCGAUGGGGAACUGUGUAUGGUUGAGCGAACUCAUGCCAAGUACAGGUCAAGAUGUGCCAAUAUUUCGAUUUGUUCGGCGUAUAAUCCAAGUUCAAUUCACUGUGUCGAAUGUUGCAAUAACGACUACUGCAAUGGACGUAGAUGCGGGGAUGAAGUCAUGCAGUAUUGAGGAAUUUGGAUGGCUUGAUCACACACACUUCAAGCUUGGGUGUGUUGAUUCAACGUGCAGCGAUAUUGGUAACGGAUUGCCAAGCUGCAAAUCCUGUUGUGAUCAGGACUUUUGUAACACCAAUUGCACACAACACCAGUCCAUAGGAAUACUCGAUAUGCUGUGCCAGACGCGCGGAGAGGCGUUUACACAUCGAAGUAGUUUAAGACGGCAUUUGCGCACCCAUGCAGGCCUUGCGAUAUAUCACUGCUGUGGAAAAGCCUUCCAGACCAUCUUAAACGGCACUGAGCGACACAUCACGAGGGGCCAAAGAAUCACGUAUGUACAACAUGUGGAAGGUCAUACGCAACGAGGCAUCAACUGGCCGCCCACGAAAGGUCAGAGAACAGUAACAAAGAAACUGUGA